AUGGAAAACAACUUUGAUAGGUUCUCUUUGUUGCCUGAUGCUUUGCUUCUCACCAUCAUUUCCUUGCUUCCCUUCAAGGAAGCUGUAAGGACAUGCAUCUUUUCCAAACGUUGGUUGCACUUGUGGGAAAAAACACCAUACAUAGAGUUCAAUGAACUCUUCUUUGUUAAACCAAAUGAAUCCUUCUAUUCAAGGGUAGCACAAAGAAAUGCCUUUCUGAAAUUCAUGACUCUUUGGCUUGAUAAUCGCAAAGAAGGUGUGAUGGAAAAGUUUUCUUUGAAAUUGUCAAAUCCUGAAGAGGCUAGUGAGAUCAUAGAAAGGAGUGUUGCUUUUGUCACUAAACAUGGGGUCAAAGAGUUGGAGCUAGAUUUCUCUAAUCCGAAUUGGGAGAAGGAAGAUUUUCCAAAGAAACGUGUGGCUUUGUUUAAAUUGCCAAAAGAUGUUUAUGAGCAUGAAACAGUUGAAUCUUUGAAGCUUUAUUCAUGUAGUUUUAUUGAAAAUGAUUUGACUAACUUGCAUGCACUCAAAGAGGUUUCAUUGGGUUGGAUGGAAGUGACACUAGAUGCCAUCACAACUUUGCUUUCCAAUUGCAAGAUGAUUGAGAGCUUGAUUUUGAAAAAGUGUUGGAACUCAAAGCAUUUCGAAAUUGGGGGUAAAGAAUUGAACCUGAAGAGGCUUGUUGUUGACAAUUGUAACUUUCAAAUUGCUAUGUUCAAAGUCAAUGCACCAAAUCUAUGCUUUUUCAAGUAUGCUGGGAGUAUGAGUAUCUUUGAAAUAAAAGCCUCCACAGCCCUAGAAGAGGCACAUCUUGAUUUUAACCUUGAAUUCGGUAGCAUUGGACUUGGUUUUUAUCUUCAGGGUUUGAUGAAAGAUCUCUAUACCGUUAGGGUUCUGACUGUGUGCACAUUUGUACUUCAGGUUCUUCCUGUUGGACAAAAGCUACGUAUGGAACAUGACAUGAAAACAAGACAUUUGAUAAUGCAAAUGACCUUGCACGACUAUGAACUUCAAGGAAUCUCAUUCUUGCUCAAUAGCUGCCCAGUGUUAGAAUCUCUCACCCUUGAAUUAGGCUUAGGAAGAACUUCGGAAGAUGAUGAAGAUUUAAUCGAACUGGUAGAUAAUCCAAUACGGUGGAUGAACGCUGAAGAUGGAGAAUUUAUCAGAAUCGUUGAUAGUAAAAAAACGUGGAUGGAGAAUUUAUUGAUUUACGAAUGUUUGGAAUCAACUCUGAAGCUAGUGGAGGUGAAGGAUUUUGUAGUGUCUGUGAAUGGGAUUAUUUUGCUCUACUAUCUUAUUCGUUGUAGUAGGGUCUUGGAGAGGGUUAACAUCAAUGUGCUAAAGGGAGAGAUUGAUGGUAGCAGCAAGAAUGUUGCAUGUUAUCGAGGAGUAGAAGAAUUGUUGAUGACAACUCCAAGGGCUUCGAAGGAUUUGCAAAUAUCAUUUCGUUAUUGA